AUGGCAAAGUCGAAGAACUCGUCUCAACACAACCAGAGCAACAAGGCUCACCGUAACGGUAUCAAGAAGCCUAAGACCUACAGAUACCCUUCCCUCAAGGGUACUGACCCCAAGUUCCGAAGGAACCACAGGCACGCUCUUCACGGAACCAUGAAGGCUCUUAAGGAGUUCAAGGAGGGCAAGCGCGAGUCCGCCUAA